AUGGAGGCAGUGAGGAGGUGGAGAGCAGGCUGGAGGUAUCCCACCACUCUGCUGUGCAUUUAUGGAUUCUUCAGCACAGUUAAACCCCUGGAGCCUUUCCUCAUCCCAUACUUGACAGGACCAGACAAGAAUCUGACAACAGAACAGGUAAACAAUCAAAUUUUCCCAGUGUGGACAUACACUUACCUGUCUGUGCUGCUGCCAGUGUUCCUGCUGACUGACUGGCUGCGUUACAAGCCUGUGGUGGUGUUCCAGUGUGUCGUCCUGUUCAUCACCACAGGGAUGCUACUCUGGCUGAAAAGUGUGCCAGCCAUGCAGGCCAUGCAGUUCUUCUACGGGGUGGUGACAGCCAGCGAGGUGGCCUACUUCUCCUACAUCUACAGCGUGAUAGAUCUGAAGAGGUACCGGAAGGCCACGUCUUAUUGUCGGAGUGUCCAGCUCCUGGGUUACACAGUGGGCUCUGUGCUGGGUCAGCUGCUCGUCAGCUUUGACCUCAUGUCCUACAACAACAUAUUGGUGCUCACUCUAGUUCUAACAGCCAUCGCUCUCUUCGUUUCCUGCCUCCUGCCAAUGCCACAGAAGAGCAUGUUCUUUCAUCACAAACAUGCUGGACAGAAAACAGCAACAGAGGGGACAGAGAUGCAUGUAGAUGGGACUGUGGAUGCAACAGAACACACAAGCGGAGCAAAAGUGUCCCUGGAAGAAAUGAGAGAGGAGAGAAAGGUGGAGAAAGGUGAAAGAAAGCAUGAACCAGGAGUAGGACUGGAUGAAAUAGUUACUACGGCUGAGGAGCAUGAGGAGACGGUUGGUGCAGAGAACUGCAGCCAAGUACUCCUCCAGCUGUGGAGGGACUUCUGCCAGUGCUACUCCUCCAGACAGCUGCUCUACUGGUCACUGUGGUGGGCAAUGGCCACCUGCGGCUAUAACCAGACGGUCAACUAUGUGCAGGUGCUGUGGGAGCAUGUGCAGCCUUCUCAGAACUUCAGCAUCUACAACGGAGGCGUGGAGGCAGUUGGGUACCUGUUUAGUGCAGCAACAUCCUACGGUAUAGGCUUCACUGAGGUGAGAUGGGAACAGUGGGGGGAGCUGGCCCUGGGUGGUUUCUCUGGACUCGGGGCAGCUGCACUCUUCCUCAUGACCUUCAUCGGCAAUAUAUGGAUCUGCUACGCUGGUUACAUCGUUUUCAAGGGCCUGUACAUGCUGCUGAUAACAAUAGCCAUGUACCAGAUUGCAGCUGACCUGUCAAUGGAAAGAUAUGCACUUGUCUUUGGAGCAAACAACUUUGGAGCAUUGGCUCUGCAGACGAUCAUCACUGCGAUUGUGGUUGACAGUAGAGGGCUGGGCCUGGGUAUCAUCCCUCAGUUCAUCAUAUACGCCAGUUAUUUCGCACUCAUUGCCGUCGUUUUCUCACUUCGAGGACUGUUUACAAUUUGGAGAGCGCAGAGAAGCAACAAAGAGUCCAGCCCUCCAGUGAAAAAUGAACCUCCAGACUCUCAUGAACACAGAUUUUGAACACAAGGGAUCUGAUACGAAAAAGCGGAGAUAAUCACUUGUGCUUUUGGUCCCCACUGUGUCCAAGUGUUGAUUUAAAAGCAUAAAAGCUUCAAAUUACUGACUGCAACACCA